CACUUUUUGGGAGCAACGGAUGCAGCAUGGCGAAGUUGGCCGUAAGAAGGAGCAUCGUGAGGAAGAUAAUGUUUCCUGAUCGACUGCUCCUUUAACUAAGAGACCACCUGCUCCUCUGGCGUCAGCAGCGCCCACGGGCGGCACGAUGGCUGCACGAUCGAUCCGGCAGUGAAAUGUUGCAAUGUGACAUCUUCUCAUAACAACGCUGGCAUGCGCCGGAUAAAAGGCACGGGAACGACUCCUUUUUUUUUUUACCCUCAAACCUCUUGUGUCAGAUUUUGCCAGAAACCUCAGUUGGUAAACUGGUCAGAGUGACAUCAAUCAGCCAGCUAUGUUCUUCUUCCCCUGGGUUGAUUGUGCCUGAUGGAAGCUGCCAUGGCUUUUUGUAACGAAAGCCUGCUGGACGACUGUGACCUCUUGGAGCCAGAUGUGGAGCAACCAGCAGAAACUCUCCCGCCGGACGUGUCGCCUCCUCUCAUAUCGGUCACUCUCCGGGUGACACUGGCGGCCAUUAUGAUCUUCAUGAUAACCAUUGGUUUCCUCGGCAACGCAAUCGUUUGUCUGAUCGUCUACCAGAAGCCCGCCAUGCGCUCAGCUAUCAAUCUCCUGCUGGCCACAUUGGCUUUCUCUGACAUAAUGCUCUCGCUGCUCUGCAUGCCCUUCACCGCUGUCACCGUGGCUACCACCGACUGGAGCUUCGGGAGCGGCUUCUGCCGGGCCUCCAUCAUGCUGUACUGGCUGUUCGUUCUGGAAGGAGUGUCCAUCCUCCUCAUCAUCAGCGUGGACCGAUUUCUCAUCAUUGUGCAACGGCAGGACAAGCUGACCCCACACAGGGCCAAAGUGCUGAUAGCAGGUUCCUGGGUGCUGAGCCUGUGCGUGUCGCUGCCAUCUGUGGUCGGGUGGAGGACAGGCGCAGCAGGGAUCGGGGGCACCUGGGCGCCGCAGUGCGUGCUGGGGUAUAGCGAGUCAAUGGCAGACCGGGGGUACACAGUCCUCCUGGCUGUGGCCGUGUUCUUUGUACCGUUUGCGGUCAUGCUGUACUCGUACAUGUGCAUCCUAAACACGGUGCGCCGCAACACCCUGCGCAUCCACAACCACACCAGCGAGCGUUCCUGUCUGCCCGCUCUCAACCAGGUCAGCAAGAUGAGGCUCACCGGGCUGCAGCGGCCGCCUCACAUCAAGGUGGACAUGAGCUUCAAGACCCGAGCCUUCACCACCAUCCUCAUCCUCUUCGUGGGUUUCUCCGUGUGUUGGCUGCCCCACACCGUGGUCAGCCUGUUGGCCGUGUUCAGCCGGCAGUUCUAUUACAGCCCCAUCUUCUACCCGGUGAGCAUCGGCGCUCUGUGGCUCAGCUACCUGAAGACGGUGUUCAACCCCGUCAUCUACUGCUGGAGGAUCCGCAAGUUCAGGGAGGCCUGUCAGGAGUUCAUCCCCAAAAGCUGCAGGCUGUGUCCCCGAAUGCCAGGCAGGAGCCACAGGAGAGUGAGGCCCAGCAACAUUUAUGUGUGCAGCGAGAUUCAGUCUGCUGUGUGAAACAGCAACCGACCCUUCUGCUAGAUGUUUUCAUGUUUUAAAUGCUCCCCCGCAACAGGAAGUAUGUUUUAAAGCAAUAUACCACAAAACGUAGAUUCAAUAAUGAACACUCCAUCUAAACAUAAUCUCUUGAACACUUUCGUAUUUGUUUUGUUUGCAACCAUAAACUCAUGUGCAUACUCCAACACAAAGUAGCACAUACAUAAGAGGAUGACAUUUGUUCCAAUCAUUUUAUGUAAGGUAACUUUAUGCAAAGCCUCAUACCUGGAGAAGGUAAAUAUUUAUUCUGAAGUCUCGAUGAACAUUUUCAGGUAGAGAUAGCUCUGCACUUUGACUGGGCCAUUCUAAGAUUUUUUUUUUCUAAACCAUGCAUACUUAAGUCCAAUCCGCCCUUUUCUAACACCUGAAUCAAAUGGUUGAAAUUGAUCUUUUAGCUCUGCAGAGACCUGGCAGGGUGUCUGUCAGGUUUAAGCACCUAGAACAUCAAAUACAGACACAAGGAUUGACAAGAGAGAGUUAGAUUCUUUUUACUCGCGAGGAGAGGGGACAGAGACGUGCUUCCAGCUACAAUCUCUUACCGCUCUGAAAACACAUUCCGCCGCACCUCUCUUUUUACUGAAUAAAGACCUCCCUAUUACAUUCAGCUCUAAUGGGUAAAAAGGGAGGAAACAAAACAUGCAGCUGCAUCGUGAUUCCCAGUUUCAUAAGAUAAACUAGAACAUUUACUACGAACAGUAUGACUGUAGAAGGCUAAUCAGCACCAUUACGCUACAAACUAUCUUAUUAUAGACACGAAAGGUCAGGAUGUCCUUCUGCUGAGCAGCAGUCUGAUUAGAACAAGCUGGUGCCGGCUGUCUCUGGAUCCUUCAAGCAGGGCCUCCUUAAACACACUCAGAAACAUAGUUAAAGCAAUUCAGAAUGUACAAUGUUUAAUAUAUACAAUUUCUCCAACAGGGUCAUUAAUGUGAUUCAGGCGUGAGAAAAUAUGGAUGCAUCCAAAAGCUGCAGGAAGGAAGAUCUAGAGGAGUGGAAUAGGGCACCCCUGAUUUAAACCAUCUUAUUGUAGUUCUGUCUGUAAGUUUGGGGUUGCUGCUCUGCUGGAAGGAAAAGCUUCACCUCAAGUCAUAACAGCCUCCAUCUGGUUUUCUUCCACAAUAGAUUUUUAUUUAAUUCCAUCACUGUUCCAAUCAACUCUGACCAGAUUAGUUCUCCCUGCUGAAGAAAAACCUUUCCACAGCAGAAUGCUGCCACUACCAUGUUUUACAAUGGGGUGGAAGUGUAUAGAAUGUAAAACACCUUCCUAUGUUUUGAUUAGCUUGAUGUUGUACUACACUCCAUUUGCUUUAAGAUGAUGGAUUAUGUAGUGCUAAGUGAGAGGCUGAAAGCUUGGGGUAAUUUUGUAUAGCCUAUCCCACUCCAUUUAUUCACUUUUCAUUUUAUCUUUGAAACAAUGUGUCAUUUUUUCUUCCAUUAUGCAAUUAUGUGCUACUUUGUGUUGGCCUAACACAUAAAAUCUCAAUAAAACACAUAAAAGUUCUGGGUUGGUGUGAACAAUCUAAAAUGGCACUGAGCCAGUGUGUCCUUUCUGUGCACAAAAAGGUAAAAAAUGAAAUAGAAGAAAAACAUCAUAUCUUCUGCAAACAUCAUGUGCAGUAUAUUGUCUACUGUUUGUUUCCAUAAGUAAAUACAGUAUAUGCUUAGUUUGCAGAUUAUUACAGAAGUUCCAACUGUUUUACAUCUUCCCUUGUGAGCUACUGGUUUGACCUGUCUGCUGCACGCUGUAACCUGUUGUCCAUAAAAAACAAAUCAUUAGGGGAAAAAAUAUUGUUAUUGUCAGAUGUGUAAAAGUGAGGGGGUUUCAGACAAAUCAGGCAGUAUAAAUGUUCAGUAAGCUAUAUACAUAUAUAUAUAUAAAAAAAGCUAACCAAUACCAAGAAGUGCGGAAUUUUGUAAUAUCAAACUGUUGUUUUGUCAGUUUUAAAUGUUUGUUGAGUUUAAUUUCUAAUUUUUUGAAAGGCAAAGCAAGGUUAUUAAAGAUUUUUGU